AUGCCUCCGUUCCGGGGCUGGACGGACCUGCCGCCGGAGCUCGUCGGCCAGAUCGCCGACGGCCUCGACGAUCUCAAGUGCUACGCCAGCACGCGGGGAGCCUGCAGCACAUGGCGUCGCGCCCUCCCGCCGCCGGCCCCUUCACUGCUUGUCGACCACGGCGCCGCCGCCAUCAAGUGCCGCGGGCUCUGCCCCGCUGCGCGCCGCUCUUUCCAGCUCGCCAAAAUCCCUGCGCCCAGGACCUGCCUCGGCUGCUGCAGCGGAUGGCUCGCUCUCUCCGUCUUCAUCGACGACGUCCACAGCCUGCUCAGCCUCUUCCAUCCCGUCACCGCCGCCGAGAUCCUCCUGCCGCCGCUCAUCUACAACACCCGCCUCGUCUCCAAGAUCGUCUUCGCGCCCAACCCCGCCACCGAUGACUUCGCCGCCACCGCCAUAUGUGACAUCGACAGGCUCGCCUACGUCACCGCGGGGGCCAGGAGAUGGGCCGUCCUCGACCCUGUCCACCUCGCCGCCGGAGACCAGCUCGUCGACCUCCUCUACCAUGGAAAUGGUAUGGUCUACUGUCUCACUCGGUUUGGAGAUGUCCACGUGCUCCGCCUGCCACAGCGUCGCCGUCGGGAACCUAUCAUCCUCGAGUGCCACACACCAGCAGAUUAUCCAGUAGUGCAUAACAAGCGGAUCUUCCAGAUGCAUGGAACCGGACCGGACCUAAAUGUGCGGGCCACAGACGAGCCACUGUUGUCAUCUGUGGGCAACCCAGUGUUCGACGCCGCCACCUGUUUCACUCAGCCAUACAUCCCGGUCUCGAUUUUUACUAGUGCCAAGAACCUGGUGUUCUGCGAGGGUAACUUGUACCAAAUCUGGAGGAAUGUGACCUGCACGGUUACUUUGCAGCUGUCAGGAGAGGGUCGCCGCCGUGUAGUAGAGGAUGAAAUAUUUGUUAUGAGGUAUGAUCCCUGGCGACGGCCAUGUUGGGACGCCGUGUCCGACCUGGGAGGAUACUCCAUCUUUGUCGGGAGGAACAAUGUGGUUUCGAUGCACGCAGAAGGUGUUCCUGGACUCAUGGGUGAUUGUGUGUACUGGAUAGGCGGAAGGGGUAGAGAUCAGGGCAUGGUCUUUAACAUGAAGACUGGGAGAUCAACACCUUGCCUUCCCCCCUUAGAUGGUGUCGUUCUCGGAUCUCCACAAAGCACAAUUUGCUGGUACUUUUUGAGCGACACAGUCAAUAAUGGCAAUAAUACGUAUGAAAGAGGAGUUUAUCGGACCAGGGCAAGGGCCCGGGCUGAAUCUGGACAAAAGUGA